CACCGCAGAAGCAGCUCUGGGGAGGAGGGGGGCAGAAUAACAUGGCUUCAGGGAACCGUAGACCGGAGCGUCCCGGUGAGUUCCGGCGGGUUUCCGGCUCCUGUUCUCCCCGGCGGUGAGCAGGAAGCCCCGCAGGCGGCCCCCAGCACUAAGCCCGUCCAGUCCCGCCGCUCGGAGGUGAUGCUGCCGCUCAACCUGCCGCUGCGUUCAAGACGGUUUGGAUCCAGACACUUCAUCAGGAUCGGCUCUUUAUUCUAAUGAUUUUAUCAGAGAUAAAAAGCAGAUCUGAGGGAUUUAAACAGGAGAUUCCUGCUAUGAUCCUACAGCCAUAAGCUGGGCUGAAGAGAACUGGACUCAUCAGUUAUUAUUCAUCUAUGAUGGCCAAUAACAACGAGCUGCAGACCGACCCUGAUGGCCUGUCGGUGCUCCAGCAGCUCGGCUUGGACCAAAACUCGGACUUCUCCGACAGCAGCGUGCAGCAGCACCUGGAUGAGCACCGGGAGAAGAUCCGCAGGGAGAUCCGCAAGGAGCUGAAGAUCAAGGAGGGCGCAGAAAACCUGCGCAGGGCCAUCACGGACAAGAAGAAAGCCCAGCAGGUGGACUCGCAGCUCCGCAGCUCCAAGCGCAAGCUGGAGACCCUCCAGGCUCAGCUGCAGGAGCUGGAUGCACACAUCGUCGUCAAGGGCCCAGAUGAUAACAAAGACACCAUCAAGUCUCCGGGCUCCGUCAGUCGGACGUCGGCCAAUCAGCACAGGAUUGCAGCUUUGGAGCGUCAGCUCAACAUCGAGCUAAAGGUCAAGCAGGGAGCAGAGAAUAUGAUCCCGAUAUACUCCAGUGGGGGAACUAAGGACAAGAAGCUUCUCCAGUCAGCUCAACAGAUGCUGCAGGACAGCAAGACAAAGAUCGACAUCAUCCGCAUGCAGAUCAGAAAGGCCAUGCAGGCCACAGAGCAGUCCGACGACAACCAAAGUAAGCCGGACCUGUGUGGAGUGGAGCUGCGCGUGGAGGAGCUUUGGCAUCACUACCGCGUGGAGCACGCCAUGGCUGAGGGAGCCAAAAACAUGAUGAGGCUGCUGGGUGCCGGAAAGGUCCAGGAUAAGAAGGCCAUCGCUGAGGCCCAGUGUGGUCUGAGUGAGUCGUCGCAGCGUCUGGACCUCCUGCGUUGCUCCCUGGAGCAGCGUCUCCAGGAGCUCCCUGAGGAUCAUCCCAAGGCCUGCCUAAUCAAGGAGGAGCUGGUGCUUGCCUCCUCCUCCGCCUUCAGCUCCCAGCAAAGCACCCCAUAUGUGCACAACCAGUACAGCACGCUUUGCAAACCGUCGCCGCUAACAGGAACUCUCCAGGUUCACCUCCUGGGCUGCGUGGGGCUGCUGGAUGUCGUUCCAGGACGGAGCAAGGGGAGCCAGGUGGUCCUUCCUUCUUUCUCGCAGACCGACGGGCGCUCCUCGUUUAAACUGAUCAGCCUGUACAACCGCAGCACCAGCAGCAUGAGCCUCAAGAUGCCCAGCAAGAACGACGAGCACUCCUCGGAGGUGAGCGCAGUGCUGAAGCUGGAGAACACGGUGGUGGGACAGACGCCUUGGAGAACGGUGGGAGAGCAGGCCUGGGACCACACCUUCACCGUAGAACUGGAGAGAUCCCGGGAGAUGGAGAUCGCCGUGUACUGGAGAGAUUACCGCUCCCUGUGCGCCUUGAAGUACCUGAAGCUGGAGGAGUUCCUGGACAACCAGAGACACCAGGUUCAGCUGGAACUGGAACCGCAGGGGCUGCUCCUGGCUGAGGUGACGUUCUUCAACCCGGUCAUAGAGCGAGGCCGACGGCUGCAGCGGCAGAAGAAGGUCUUCUCUAAACAGCAUGGCAAAGCUUUCCUGCGUGCCCGUCAGAUGAACGUGGACAUCGCCACCUGGGUCCGCCUGCUGAGGAACGCCAUCCCCACUGGAAGCAACACACCUGCAUACACACCUAGCUUCUCCAGCAACACGCUGUCGCACACUUCGGGAGAAAUAUCAGUGGAGAAGUUGAGUCUGGACAGCGAUUCUCCUUCGAAAGCUGAGACCCGGAAAGAUGUGGUGGACUCCCCCGCACCCUCAGAGCAGACGGCCAUCAUCGAGCCCCCGCCAUCACCUGAUGUCCCCGCUCAGGAGCAGCCGACCAGAUCCCACUCCCAGAACUCCUUACGCAGAACCAGCAGAGGCCCUCUGUGUCUGUGUCUACAGGACUUCAAGCUGAUUGCUGUUCUCGGCAGGGGCCACUUUGGGAAGGUGUUGCUGUCAGAGUAUAAAAAAACCGGCAGCCAGUACGCCAUCAAAGCCCUGAAGAAAGGAGAUAUUGUAGCAAGGGACGAGGUAGAAAGUCUGAUGUGUGAGAAGCGGAUCUUCGAGACUGUCAACAGCUCCCACCACCCUUUCCUGGUCAACCUGUUUGCAUGUUUCCAGACGCCGGAACACGUGUGCUUCGUCAUGGAGUACACGGCGGGAGGAGACCUGAUGAUGCACAUACAUGCUGACGUGUUCGCCGAGCCGCGGGCUGUGUUCUACUCAGCCUGCGUAGUCCUGGGUCUGCAGUUCCUCCAUGACCAUAAGAUUGUAUACCGGGAUCUGAAGCUGGAUAACCUGCUCCUGGAUACGGAGGGUUUUGUGAAGAUAGCUGACUUCGGGCUCUGUAAAGAGGGCAUGGGUUAUGGAGACAGAACCAGUACUUUCUGUGGCACUCCUGAGUUUCUGGCCCCUGAGGUGCUGACGGACACGUCGUACACCAGAGCAGUCGACUGGUGGGGCCUCGGCGUUCUCGUCUAUGAGAUGUUGGUGGGCGAGUCUCCCUUUCCAGGUGACGAUGAAGAGGAGGUGUUUGACAGUAUAGUGAACGACGAGGUGCGCUACCCGCGUUUCCUCUCCACUGACGCCAUCGGCAUCAUGAGACGGCUCCUGAGAAGAAAUCCUGAGAGGCGUCUGGGCUCCGGAGAGAAGGACGCCGAAGACGUCAAGAAGCAGCCAUUUUUCAGGGGCAUGGACUGGGACGCACUUCUCCAGAGGAAAGUCACGCCUCCCUUCAUCCCGACCAUCGCCGGCAAAGAAGACGUCAGCAACUUCGACACGGAGUUCACCGCCGAGGCGCCCGCCCUCACGCCUCCCCGCGAGCGCCGUUCCCUCUCGCGGAAGGAGCAGGACUACUUUAAGGAUUUCGAUUACGUCUCCGACCUCUGCUAGGACCUGGAGUCAUGGAGGGGGUCACCUGCCCUCCAUCAGCCACAGGCUCUGAUGGGGGAACCGACUGCUGUGCUGCAUAGAACACGGUGGAAUGAGAACUUUUUACUCCCGCCUUCUACUUUCUUUGUGGGAGACAGAAAGAACAGCUGAACUAAAAGUGUGUGAACAGCAACCGGACUGCAUGUCAUACACCAUUUCUGGACUCCCACAGAGGAGCGAAGCUGCCAUGACAACAGAAGACUCUCCCGAUGAUGUAACGGAUCCUGAUGCGACAGGAAGUCCUUUCCUUCUCUUUAAUCUGAACUCACCCGACGCAUUCCUCAUGUUUGUUGCUUCUGUGUUUAAAUGUGAAUUGUGCCCCAUCACUCCUCAGCUUUUUCAUGCAGCACCUAGAAUCUACCACUUGUGGGCGCCAGAGGGUGGCUUAGAAGGAGAAAGUGCAGUUUUUUUUUUUUCAGGUUUUGUUUGUGUUUUAUUUCUGCCAAAGAAAGGCGCCACAAGUGGAAGCUUUUAUGGAGGAGCAGCUGCUGUUUGCUUCAUCUCCCUCCUUCUCCAUCACUGUCUCCUGCUGUUUUUCGGUACAUUGCAGAUUUUUUUGUAGAGUAUUAAAAAUCUUCAGAUGUUUUUUUUUUUUUAUUUUGGCGAGAAACCUUUUAUCUCAGUUGUUUUUUUGUUUUUUUUUAUUCCUCUGUCGUUCACUGAUAUUGUAGCAGCCGUGAUCCAGUAAAGAUGUGAAACCAA